AUCACAAACUCACCAAUGAGACAAGUCUCGAAAAGCUUAGCCAAUAUGCGCCGGAAAUACUUGAGCUCUUAACAACUGGCACACCACUAGUAGAUAAAGAGAAAAGACGCCAGGCCCGUAAUUGUCUUCAAAAAGGGUAUAAAUUUAGCAAAGAACAAGCAUUUGCAUUAAUUCCUCACGAGAGAAUUGGGAGAAGUAAAAGCCAAGUAAUCUCCAAAGAAGGAGAGGAUGUGGAUAUAUGCUUAGUAUCUGAUACCACUCUAGAAGGGGAGACUAUCAAACAAACGGCUCAGCGUAUUAUAAAAGAUAAACUUAGUGAAAAAGAUGUAAAGGCUUCGAAGAGAAUUACGGCCCCUCAACGCUUCAGAAAAAUAAUUUCUGCUAUAUUGAAUCCAGAGGUAACUAGGUUAUCUAAUAAAGUUCAAAAGGAGCAUAGCGAGCAAUACGAAAAUGAAGGAAUUGAUUUUCCAGACCACUUCUCGUUAGAAUUGGUCAAGAAAAGAUUGGAUAAGUAUAAUGUAUCAAAUAUACCUAACAAACAGGCCCUAGCUGAUGUAAUGAUAAUGCUCUGCAUUCGUCUAGCUGAAAUUAAAAACUUGCGUAUAUCUAAUGGGACUGUAACUGGAUAUGCAAAAAACCAAGGUCAACAAGAUAUUCUUCGAGUGUUUAGAUCACUAGAAAAGAAUGAGGAGCAGGCUAAGCAACUUCUUACUUGGAUUCAGGAUAAUAUUUGUUCUGGACAGUUAAAGGACCCAGAAAAACUUAGAUCUACGUACUUAAGUACAUUUCUGAAAAAAGAUGAAUUUAUUCCUGAAAGUGGUGAACCACUACUUCCUAGCUCUUUACGAAAAUUAGGGGCAGUGUUCACUUCUGUAGCACAUGGGCCUAAAAAUGCAUCAAAAGCUAACACUUAUGCCAGUGAAGCCCUUCAGCAUUCACCUGAUAACCAUGCUUCUCCAUCUAAGAGAUACACUAUAAUUAACAUGCAAAAAAGAGGAGAACCGUAUAAUCAAGCAAGACCAUUCUUUAUCGAAGAUGAAAGCUAA